ACUUGUAACAUUAAUACAACAAAUGAAGGAAUGCCUUGAGUGACCUAAUGCAUCUCAUUACAGGCUCUUGUCAAUACAGUCAUUGAUGCUACUAAAGCUUAUCGCUCAAACGUUGCCUCAACAAUGCAAGGAGCAGGAGCUAAGCUAACAUUACCAGUGUCACUGAGACUACUACCUUUAUUCAUACUGAGCUUAUUGAAGAAUAUUGCCUUCACUCUUAGCAAUAGACAGAAUACCGACUGUAGGUCGGCCACCAUUAGUACUAUACUGACAUUACCUCUGGACUGGCUAAUCUCAUUCUUCUAUCCUAAACUAUAUGCACUUCACACACUAUCAGAUAAGGAUACAGUGGAUUCUGAUGGGGAGGAGCUCUUAGCUCCGCCCAUUUUACAACUCUCGGCUGAAAAACUAACACGAUAUGGAGUGUUCUUAAUGGACUAUGGAACAGGUAUUUAUAUUUGGGUCAGUAAAGAAGCACCUGCUGAUGUUAUUAAUAAUAUUUUUGGAGUUCCUCAUUUUGGGGCAAUACCUGAAUCAAUGACCUCCCUCCCUUUGCUUGAGAAUAAUUUGAAUCGAUUAACCAAUUCGCUAAUUUGUCAGUUACGGUUGUCACGGCAACACUUUAUGCCGUUACUCGUCAUUCGUGAGGAUGGCCCCCAUCGUUUGCUAUUUAUUAAUUACCUGAUUGAUGAUAAAACUGAAGACGGCACUUCUUAUUAUGAAUUUCUGUCUCACAUCUCUCGGCAGUUAACAAAAUAAUAAACUGUCCAUUAGCAGAAGGCAGGGCUCGUUGUGUGUUAAUUAAUUAAUUUAUUAUUAUUAUUAAUUAUUAUUGCAAUUAAUGAGAUUUCUCUAUACUUGAUUGCUAA